CAACAACGCAAAAGCAGCAAGAAAGGUAAGAAAAGCUCUGGAGACAUUAACAACAUGAAUGAGGAAGAGUUGAAGAAACAGGUGUGGAACUGCUUGGAGAGGAAAAGGUAUCUUGUGGUGGUAGAUGACUUGUGGAAAAGGCGGGAUUGGGAUGAGGUGCAAGAUGCUUUUCCAGACAACAACAACGGCAGCAGAAUAUUGAUAACUAGUCGUUUGAAAGAGGUGGCCUUGCAUGCUGGUGAUGAUGUUCCUCACUAUCUUCAAUUCCUGAGUGAAGAAGAAAGUUGGAAGCUGUUUUGCAGGAAAGUGUUUAAGGGUGAAAAUCGCCCUUCUGAUUUGGAGACCCUGGGAAAGCAGAUGGUUCAAAGUUGUCGUGGUUUGCCGCUCUCCACCAUUGUUUUAGCAGGACUGCUAGCCAAGAAAGAAAAAUCACAGAGAGAAUGGUCUAAAGUGGUAGGUCAUGUUAAUUGGUAUCUGACUCGAGAUGAGACCCAAGUGAAGGAUAUAGUUCUGAAGCUCAGCUACGACAACUUGCCAAGGAGACUAAAACCAUGUUUUCUCUAUCUUGGCUUAUUUCCUGAAGAUUUUGGAAUACCAGUUACGCCAUUAUUGCAAAAAUGGGUUGCGGAGGGUUUCAUACAAGAUAUAGGAAAUAGAGACCCAGAUGAUGUUGCGGAAGACUACUUGUACGAGCUCAUUGAUCGUAGUUUGGUAGCAGGGGUGAAGUUGAAUGGACGUUUGGCGAUGUGUCAGGUUCAUGAUCUUCUUCGAGAUCUUUGCAUAUCAGAGAGCAAAGAGGAGAAAGUGUUUGAAGUUUGCACAGACAAUAACAUUCUAAUCCCUACCAAACCUCGCAGACUGUCCAUUCACAGUGACAUGGGUCACUACAUUUCUUCAAGCAACAAUGACCAUUCAUGUAUUCGUUCCUUGUUUUUCUUUGGGCCAUAUUAUGAUGUUGGUGGGAGACAGUGGAAAUGGCUUUUGGACGAGUGCAAAUUGGUUCGAGUGUUAGACUUUGGAUCUAACUCGUGCCGAAAGAUCCCUUCCAAUUUAGGGAACUUCACCCACCUAAGGUACUUGAGAAUAGAGUCAGGUAAUAUUAUUACAUUUGUUCCAGAUUCAAUACUUAACCUUUGGAAUCUAGAAACCAUAGAGUUGAGUAAUUGGUGGCCUUAUAACAUUGAUUCAAUUUCUUUUCCUGUUCAAAUGUGGAAACUCAAACAUUUAAGGCAUUUGAGUGUAAGAGGAUCUAUCGAAUUGCGAGGAAGAUGUUCAGAAUUAGAUGAGAAGAUGUGGAAUCUUCAAACUAUCUAUUGUCUUGUACUCAAUGAGCAAGCAAUAUCUCUAAUAAAGAAAGGAACAUUCCCCAAUAUUAAGAGGAUGGAGAUUAAUGAUGAUGAAGAUGAAUUACCUAAUUUAUUGCAAAGCUUAGAACUAUUGAAGCAUUUGAAUAAAUUAGUGAUUUAUACAAGAAAACCUUUCUCAGAACAAGUGACUCACAUCUUCCAAAAUUUGGAAACAAACGGAGUUGAAGUUGUUAUCGAUUACAAAGAACAAUACUUUUACAGGCCGUGGGCCCAAAUUUGGAAACGGUGAUUCUGUCAUUUACGCGCUAAAUAAAACGUUGGGUUUUAGUAAAGUCUUUCUCUCUCUGAUUUCACUUUGCUGUCUCUGAUUUCAUUUGACUCAUUUUGUCAUUCACUGCACCAUUUCAUUUUCGAAGAGGAAGCUUUGUGCUAAGGUCGGACACGAUGGAGAACGCAAGAAGACUGAAGAGGAAGUGU